AUGUCCGCCCAUAUCGAGGAAGUUGCAUCCGACCACUCUGACCACGAAGGUCACGACCACCAUGACCAUGACCACGACCAUGACCAUGAGGAAGAUCCCACGUCUGCAGCUGCCCUUGACAAAAUCCAAUCUCGCUCAGAGCGCAAGGCCAGGAAGGCUCUCCUUGGUCUCGGAUUGAAGAAGGUUCCUGGUAUCACCCGGGUGACAUUGAGGAGACCCAAAAAUGUUCUCUUCGUCCUUGCUUCCCCAGAGGUGUACAAGUCGCCAAACAGCGACUGCUACAUCGUCUUUGGUGAGGCUAAGAUCGAAGACAUGAACUCUCAGGCCCAGAUGUCUGCUGCCCAGCAGCUCUCAUCAAGCGGUGCCGGCGCUGCUCCCACCCUCGAGGAAUCUGGCGCUGGUGGAGACGACGACGACGACGAUAUCCCCGACCUGGAGGCCCCAGAAGAUGAUGGCCCUGUGGACGAGACCGGCGUUGACCCCAAGGACAUUGACCUCGUUAUGCAACAGGUCAACUGCUCCCGCGCUAAGGCCGUACGAGUUCUGAAGGAGAGUGGAGGAGACUUGAUCAACGCUAUCAUGGCGGCGAGCGAGUAG